CACCUGUCGUAGGUGUGAUAACACCUGUUGUGUUGACGCCAUCAGUCAGCUUGGCCAUUGUUUCUAAGGUGGCAUUUAAACUCUGUUACCUCAAUUGAGCUCUGGGAGUCAACAGAAGUCUGAAAAGCUCAGAUCCAAUCCCGCUUUCUCUGACAUGGAGAGUUUUCAUGCUCAAUAUGUGUUGCUAGAGACUCUCGGCGUUGGAGGGUCUGCCAAGGUGAAGCUGGCCCGGCACCGCCUCACAGGCACCCACGUGGCUGUCAAAAUGAUUCGAAAGAGGGAGUAUUGGUGCAACCCUCUCAUGUCUGAGGUAGAGUUACUGAUGAUGGCUGAUCAUCCGAAUAUCAUCUCUCUCCUUCAAGUCAUUGAAACCAAGAAGAAUGUAUACCUCAUUAUGGAGUUGUGCGAGGGCAAAUCACUUUACCAAAACAUCCGAAAAGCUGGUUACCUGCAGGAAGAUGAAGCACGCGAAUUAUUCAAGCAGCUCUUAAGUGCUAUGAACUACUGCCAUAACCAGGGUAUAGUUCACAGGGACCUGAAACCGGACAAUAUUAUGGUAGAAGAAGAUGGGAAAGUGAAGAUCAUUGAUUUUGGACUUGGCUCCCAAGUGAAGCCAGGGCAAAAACUCAAAUUAUACUGUGGGACUUACCCAUUUACUGCUCCUGAGGUGCUCCUUAACAGACCCUAUGAUGGGCCCAAGAUCGAUGUAUGGACUCUUGGAGUUGUCCUGUAUUUUAUGGUGACUGGAAAGCUCCCGUUUGAUGCUGCCAGCAUACAAAAGCUGCUAAAGAGAAUUUUUGCAAGAAAGUAUUCUGUUCCCUCUAGACUGUCAGUAGAGCUGCAACACCUGAUUAGUCUCUUAAUGACGGCCAACCCCAAACUUAGGCCCACUGUUGCUGAAAUUAUGAUGCAUCCCUGGGUCACAAAAGGCNCAGGGGCAUUCCCAGAUCCUUGUGAAGAACAGAUCCCNCUCAAGCCAGACCCUGCGAUUGUAAAAGCAAUGGGACAUAUUGGGUUCCAAGCUCAAGACAUUGAAGAUUCGUUACGUCAGAGAAAAUUCAACCAAACCAUGGCGUCUUAUUGUCUACUGAAAAAACAGAUUCUUAGGCAAUGUGACAGGCCAACCCGGGCUCGGCCCGUGUAUCCAUUGGUGACCCCAUUCCCUUCCCUUGUUGGUACUGCUACUCUCCAUCUCAGACUUCGGAGGAGAGAGACUAAACCCACAUGUCUCUGGUCAUCCACCAAUAGGCAAGUGUCUGUCUGCGGCAAGAGUACUAGUAGAAAAAGAGACAGAGGAGUCAGUUGGCCCGGUGUUCUCGGCAGGCCACUCCACACAACACCCACAACAGACCUCACACACACCCGUACUAGGAGUGUACCCUGCAUUUACUCAGUGUUUUGCAGAAUUCAACCAGACAGCAGCGAUGAGAGUACAGAAGGCCACACCACAGCCUCAGCAGCAGAUAAGCCUGUCCGCAGCAGGGGCUGGCCCAGAGGCAUCAGGGGGUGGACAAGGAAGAUAGGAAAUGCGAUGAGGAAGCUCUGUUGCUGUAUCCCAUCAAAAAAGACAUCUCACGUGGGGCAGAACAGAGUCUCCCCCCAAAAAUAAGACACAGAAAGGGUGUCAGGAGAACAAGCAUCCGGCACGGCCCAGAAGAUCACCAGAGGAUGCCAGAUGCUAGGAUUCUACAGUUAUAGUAUUGGAACGGACCCAUGUAUAGACACGGACCUGCAAAAGGGAAACUUGUGGAAAGGCAUCAUGUUNCGGGUUCAGCAUGCUUCACUCAGCGCCCCAAGUCCAGCCAGGUAGGANGAAAGCAAAUGAUGAAAUCCCAGAUGGCCUCUGGGAUCACCA